AUGACAUAUGUACGCAAGGGCUCAAAGACAAGGGCACAGCAACACCGGUCUGUGCAAAACAGGGAUCUGCUAUGGGUCAGUGUAAAUGGCUGCCACAUUCUCAAUGUGUACAGACAGCCUGAGACAGACGCAGUCAUGGACUAUCUGACCAAUCUGAGCCCACCAGCCCGCUGUCUGAUAGGUGGGGAUAUCAACGUACGGCAUGAUGCCUUUGAACCAGGGGCAGUGAAUCUGCACCGGGGCGGGGAGCUUGUCCAAUGGGCCAGUGAACAUGGGAUGGACUUUGUGGGAGAGAUAGGGGUUCCGACUCAUGCAGCAGGUCAUGUGAUUGAUCUCACCUUCUCCAAUGUAGCCUUUGCUUCCACUACAGUGCGUCAAGAUCUACACUGCGGCUCAGAUCACCAGUUUAUGAUCACUAUGCUGCCAACAACACCUCAAACACAGCUGAGUGAUGCUCGCAUCAAGAUCACAGACUCUCAGCUGGAGCCCUUUGCAGAUCUUGUCAGAGGUCUCAUGGUGGACAUGCCUUGCUCAGAGGGGGUUGGAAAUGUGGCACAGCUUGAUGAUCUGACCCAACACUUCACUCAGAGUCUUCUGGCUGCAGCUCAGGCAACAGAGGCCGCGAAACACCAGUUCAAGGACACAGUGCGCAAGGCCAAGCGUGCAUACUGGAGGCAGGUGAUCAAUGAGGCCAGAGAUGGUAGAGACCUGUACCGGGUGGUGGCAUGGCAUAAGCUGGAACCCAACCUCAGAGCACCCCCUCUGGUGAUUGGGGAUCAGGUCAUAGAAGAGACAGCCGCCAAAGCUGAGGCACUUCAACAAGCAAUUCUGAAGCGAUACAACUCAGCUGAUGAUCUGGAGUAUGACCCACUGGAUGAUGAGCACUGGAGCGGCAUGGGCAGCUAUACAACUGCUGCCUCCGGCUCUGCCACUUCCCACGAGCCUGGAAACUGGCAGAGGUGGCAAUGA